AUGCUGAGUUUCCACCCUCAUCAUGGAAUAAAGAUGAGCAGUUCAAAGGAAGCUCAGAACCAGGAGAGGCCCAUUUUGUCUUUCUCUGUAGAAGAGAUCUUAAAAAAACCAUCCACCGAGCCUUGCCUACACAGUACAAUGAUCUGCAGUAACCAAGCUGGGGCUGUUCAACUCCUCAGCUCGGAGCCACUUUUGGAAAUGUCUAAGGAUGAGAAGAAAGGGAAGCGGCGGAUCAGGACAACGUUCACAGCAGAGCAGCUCCAGGAACUAGAGAGGAUCUUCCAAGUUACUCACUACCCAGAUGUCAGCAUGCGCAAUCAACUGGCAGCAAAGAUAAAUCUUCCAGAAGCCCGGGUCCAGAUCUGGUUCCAGAAUCAGCGGGCAAAGUGGAGGAAACAUGAACGGUUUGGCCAUUUUGGGGGGCUUCAGCAUCUAACUGAAGCUGAUUUUAUACCCGCCCCGAAGGCAGAUAUAACAAGUCCCUUCCUGACGCCCAGCAGCCUUGGUCUCCUCACAUGGCCCUACUCACUGAUCCAAGGGCAUUCCACAGCUGCCUGGCUACCAAACAUGUUGCCCUGUGCCCCCUCGCACAUGGACCCUGUGAUGUUCUCAAAGCCUUACCUGCUCUUUGACUACCUCCCUCCGUACAGUCUGCCCCCUCUGCCCCUGAAACCAGCAUGGAGGCAUAAUGGUUAUAAUUUCACAUAG